AUGAUCUUUCUAGAAGGUAGCAAGUUUUUAGUUAUAGAAGCUCAUUUGGCACUUUACUGCAAAGAACCUAUAUCAGAUAAUAUUAAAAAAUGGUUAAUUGAAGUUGCUAAAAGAGGUAAAAAAGUAAAUAAUAAUAAAGAUAAUGAUGUUCUAAUUGAAAAAAAAGUUAAAACUAUCAAUCAGUCAAUUAAACCACACUAUAAACCUUUGAAAUUUUAUAAUAAUAAUUUUGUGGAAACUGAGUUGUGUAAUAGUGCAUUAAGUGAUACAGUUGUUUCAGAAAUUAAUUAUACUAAUUUAAAUAAGAGCAAAGCUAAAAUUUUGAGUCCUACUGAAAGUGAUAUUACAAUAACACUUCAAAGUUUAAUUGAUCUAUUAGACUAA